UCUCACAAACAAACGAGAAACAAAAUCGAUAUACAGAUCAUCUUUUCCUUUUUCGACUCUUAAAUCCCUAUCAAUCAAAAUCAUUUAUCACAACCAUUACGGCAAUAACCGGUUAUUCAGAAUUUCAGAUGAUCAGAAAACGGAAGGAACGUCGCUCUCUCUCUCUGUCUCUCUUCAAGACUUUGGAGCAGACCAUGGGAGGAGGAGGCGGAGCGGCUGAAGCCGACCACAAUAGUUCUUCUGCAGCUGCUGCUGGCGGCGCCGCCACCACCGGUGUUCAGAUCCAGCCUAGUCGGAGGUUGCCGGAUUUCUUACAGAGUGUGAAUCUGAAGUAUGUUAAGUUGGGUUACCAUUAUUUGAUUACUCAUCUCCUAACUCUAUGCCUCAUCCCUCUCAUGGUCGUGAUCGUGAUCGAGGCCGCUCAGAUGGACCCAGAGGAUGUCCGUCACCUCUGGCUUCAUCUUCAGUACAACCUCGUCAGCGUCAUCAUCUGCUCUGCCUUCCUUGUCUCUGGUACCACCGUCUAUAUCGUGACUCGCCCUCGCCCUGUUUACCUCGUCGAUUACUCCUGCUACCGCCCUCCUUCUCGGCUCCAGGCCCGGUUCCAGGAGUUCAUGGAGCAUUCUAGACUCACAGGAGACUUCGACGAGUCGUCCCUUGAGUUCCAGCGCAAGAUCCUCGAGCGUUCCGGCCUCGGUGAGGAGACCUAUGUCCCCGAGGCUAUGCAUUACGUCCCUCCUCGACCUUCCAUGGCUGCUGCUCGUGAAGAGGCAGAGCAGGUCAUGUUUGGUGCUCUUGAUAAUCUCUUUCUCAACACCUCUAUUAAGCCCAAGGAUAUUGGGAUUCUCGUCGUGAAUUGCAGCCUCUUCAAUCCGACGCCUUCGCUUUCCGCCAUGAUCGUCAACAAGUACAAGUUGAGGGGGAACAUCCGAAGCUUUAAUUUGGGCGGGAUGGGUUGCAGUGCUGGAGUCAUUGCCGUUGACCUUGCUAAAGAUAUGCUCCAAGUGCAUCGGAAUACUUAUGCUGUCGUCGUGAGCACAGAGAACAUCACCCAGAACUGGUAUUUUGGGAACAAGAAGUCGAUGUUGAUACCCAACUGCCUGUUUCGGGUUGGUUGCUCCGCUGUUCUGCUCUCGAACAAGUCCGCCGAUAGGAGAAGGGCCAAGUACAAGCUUGUUCAUAUUGUAAGGACUCACAAAGGGGCCGACGACAAGGCAUUCCGAUGCGUUUAUCAGGAGCAGGAUGAUGCAGGUAAAGUCGGGGUUUCUCUGUCCAAGGAUCUAAUGGCCAUCGCUGGAGGGGCCCUUAAGACCAACAUCACCACCCUGGGUCCGCUGGUCCUCCCAAUUAGUGAGCAGCUUCUCUUCUUCGCUACUCUGGUUGCCAAGAAACUGUUCAAUGCUAAAGUCAAGCCUUACAUCCCUGAUUUUAAGCUUGCUUUCAAUCAUUUCUGCAUACACGCUGGUGGAAGGGCUGUGAUUGAUGAGCUGGAGAAGAACUUGCAACUGCUGCCCAUACAUGUUGAGGCUUCUCGGAUGACUCUCCACCGAUUCGGGAACACGUCCUCCAGCUCUAUAUGGUAUGAAUUGGCCUAUAUCGAAGCCAAGGGGAGGAUGCGAAAGGGUCAGCGUGUCUGGCAGAUUGCUUUUGGGAGUGGUUUCAAGUGUAACAGUGCAGUAUGGGAAGCCCUCCGCAGUGUCAAGCCAUCUCCCAAGAGCCCCUGGGAGGAUUGCAUUGAUAAGUAUCCAGUGAACACAGUUGCAUAGAUCAACCACAGCUUGAUUACAGACUCUUCAUUCAGAAAUCAGGACGAUAGUUUCAGAUACAUUAGAUUUUGUCUCACUAUUUUAUUCAUGAGGCCUUCUGUCUUUUAUUUGACCAUGAAAGUCAUAAUGUUACUUUCUCUGUUGUUUUAGUUUAUUCUGUCUGUCUCGAGCACUGUGAUUGAUUCUUGAACUUCUGUCUUGUACUAUAAUGCUUUGGGAUUUUUUCAAGCUGAACCCUUGUAUUAGUGUUAAUCUGAAGAUUCAAUCCUUUGUGGCA